CAUUGCCUCGGUGUUGCAGCAUGCGCAGUCCCUGCCGGGUUCCCGCGACUGGCAGUCGGGGCACAGAGCUGAGCAGACGGGCAGGCAGAGGGCUGCGGAGAGGCAUGUGGGCUGCGGAGGAAGUGAAAGGUGCCGAGUGUCACAGAAGGUUUAUUAGGCGACAGGAACACGGCGUAGGGCAGAACUCGUUAGCACAGAAAUCAGAGAUUUUCAGCCAAGUCCAGCUUGGGGAGAGGGGAGCCCAGAGCCAGGGCUCUGCCCUCCCCCUGCGCCCCAAGCCAGCCCAGACUGACUCGCUUCCAGCUGCCUGGCCCCUGCCCUGCAGGUUACUCCUCCUCCGGCCUUUGUCCCACUUCCCAGGCCAAGAGUCCCCUGGUUGCAUCCCCAUCCUGGGUCUCAGGUUACGAAGGGGCGGCCAGAGCAUCCCUGCAGGCAGCUGGAGCAGCCCCCCCAAGUCACACACCCUUAUUCCCACCACCGAGGUAUUGGUGCAGCACACAGGGAAACUGAGGCACACACAGCAUUCAUGCAAAACAGUAAGACUCACAUACAACAUAACAAGGGACAAUCCCCACUUUGACACCAGAGGAACUGAAAGCUGCGGAGGAACUGAAAGCACGUGGGGAUCCUGGGCCCCUUGUCUUGCAGCCCUGAAGCCUGUUAGAACUCGGAUCCCCCUUCCCCUGUCAGGAUGCCGCUCCAUCUGCUGCUCCUCCCCUGGGCAUGGGGGGCCCUGGCCGUGUCUGUCAGCCUCCGGGUGCUCCACAUCGACGUCUUCCACAAUGCCAGCUCCACGGACAUGGCGGGGAUGGCCCUGCUGGGCGACCUGGAGACCCACUCCCUGGCCUGCAGCACCUGCGAGAUCCGCUUCCUGCAGCCCUGGGCCCAGCAGGGCCUGACCCCGAAGCAGUGGCAGGACCUGGAGCUGCUGAUCCAUCACUACCUAUUCAACUUCAACCGGACUGUGACCAGAAUAGCCCAGCAGCAGGGAAUGGGCUGGCUCCCUCGGCUGCGAGCUGCACCCCAACGGCACCUCGAGGGGAUUCUAUGACGCCGCGGUGAAUGGGGAGAACUUCAUCAGCUUCGACGUGGACGGAGGCACCUGGGUCGCUCGGCAGG